UAAUGUUUCUAAUUGUGAUGCGUAGACAGCAUGAGUCAAUUGUCCAAAAGAAAUCCUCGUUGAGCAAUAUCACCGAUUUCCAAUGACAUCCGUCUCGUCACGACUUUCUUAGUUCCAGGCGUUUGUAAUACGCAAAGGUCACCAAGGCUAUUCGAAUGUCGAUCAACUAUUUCAUCUUCUCAAAAAAACCCAGACCUACUAUCAACAACCUGUUAUAUCAUUAUUUCAACCGCCGCUAAUCAGUGAGAGUAUAGUGUACACAUUUAAUUUAACUUCCAAUCAGUUCCUUCCUUAGCUAGGCAGCAUUUGCGCCAGAAAAGGAAAACUCUACCUUUACGUGUACAGUAUAUUCAAGUCACUUUCGUUGGCAAGUGCCGGUGGAUUCUUGUAAUAACUAUUCGAGCAUUCUUACGAAGGAAUGCUAGUGGUUAAGGUGUUGUACACGCAAAGUUAUAGACUUACGAUAAAGAGUGGCUGGUGACAAUAUGGUGAACAGAUAGAGAUUUUGACAAUAAUUUUGCUAUGCAGAAUAGAUUGUUAAUUCGAAGUUUGCUGUUAUUGUUAAUAACAACCUGUUUGGUACUGGCGCUCCAGUCUACAGAAACAGCAAGAGCAAACAAACUAAUUUCGAGUCAACAAAUCAGUCGUGAUAAAAGACUUAUUUUUAAAAAGAAGCCCGGAUUUUUUCGCACUUUAUUUUCUGUUGUGUUUGAGCAAUGGAACGAUACUAAACACACGUUCAGAAACGUGAGUCGACUCAUCAAUGACAACUUCGCGCCUGAAAGUGCCCCUGUAAUGCAGACUACUACAGCUAGUAGUGAUCCAAACGCAACAACAACAGAAGCUCCUUUCAAGCUAACCAGGACUGAAUUUAAUAAGCUACUUAAUCGAAAUCUACGAGGUCUUAUUCGACUAACGAAUAUCGAGUUACAAGAUGCGUUGAAGGUUUCGGAACAAAAUUAUGCGGCAUUCAAAAGGAACGCUUCCUUAGAAAUUUCCAAGUUUUUAUAAACUAUGAUGAAAUUUUGCCAGAUUAUCUGUGAUAAGUCGUAUAAUGUGUGCAGGUUGCUCAAUUAAGUUAUUUCUUUAUACUGAUGGUUAUCACCUUAAAAAUGGUUAGAUUGGUUUACAAAUCUCUAAUUAUUAUUAUUUAUUCUAAAAAGUUACCGUAACUUAUGAUUUUGUAAUUUUGUCACGCUAUAA